ACAUACUUUGGUUGAUCAAUGCUUUGUGGGUCGAACAACAACAAAUAUCUCUGCAGGUUUGCUAACUACGGUGGUUAGUUAGUUAGCUGUCAAAAACAUGCUUCUUCAGACUUUCAGGCCAUGGCUGACCUUGCUCCGUUGCAGAGGAUUGCCGGUAGCAACAACACGACUUUACCACGGUGACAGAGUCGCAGCCGUCGGUACACAGCCUGACACACAGUCCGCGGAGUUUGCGGAAAACUAUGAACGAAUGCAAGUCCUUGUUGAUGAGUUGAAAGGCAGAUCGGAGAAAAUCAAAUUGGGUGGAGGAGAACGUGCCAGAAAGCUACACAUCUCCAGAGGGAAGCUCCUCCCCAGAGAACGCAUAGACAGACUGCUGGACCCAGGGUCUCCGUUCCUGGAAUUCUCCCAGUUUGCAGCAUAUGAGCUCUAUGGGAAAGAGGAGGUUCCAGCAGGAGGCAUCAUCACAGGGAUUGGCAGAGUCUCAGGGGUGGAGUGUGUGAUUGUUGCUAACGACGCCACAGUGAAAGGAGGCACCUACUACCCAGUCACAGUGAAGAAGCAUCUCCGAGCCCAGGAGAUAGCUCAGCAGAACCACCUGCCAUGUAUCUACCUGGUGGACUCCGGAGGAGCCAACCUUCCCAGACAGGCAGAGGUCUUCCCAGACAGAGAACACUUUGGACGGAUCUUCUUCAACCAGGCUCGUCUCUCCUCAGACGGAAUAGCACAGAUAGCGGUGGUUAUGGGGUCGUGUACAGCGGGAGGAGCGUAUGUCCCAGCCAUGGCUGAUGAGAGUAUCAUCGUCAGGAAACAAGGAACCAUCUUCCUGGGAGGACCUCCUCUGGUAAAAGCAGCAACAGGGGAGACCGUCUCUGCUGAGGAUCUUGGAGGGGCGGAUCUUCACUGCAGGAAGUCAGGCGUAACAGACCACUACGCUCUAGACGAUAGCCACGCCCUUCACCUGGCUCGCAAGGCCGUCCGCAACCUCAACUACACCAAGAACAUACAGGUGACCACAGAGCCCCCCGAGGCGCCUCUCUACCCAGCUGAGGAGCUGUAUGGCAUCGUAGGAGCCAACCUCAAACGCAACUUUGACGUCAGAGAGGUGAUAGCCAGGAUUGUCGAUGGCAGCCGGUUUGAUGAGUUCAAAGCCUUCUACGGAGAUACGGUGGUCACAGGGUUCUCCAGGAUAUUUGGUUACCCUGUUGGAAUCAUUGGUAACAAUGGAGUCCUGUUCUCAGAGUCUGCUAAGAAAGCAACUCAUUUCAUAGAGUUAUGCUGUCAAAGAAACAUUCCACUUCUCUUUCUCCAAAACAUCACGGGCUUCAUGGUGGGCAGGGAGUACGAGGCAGGUGGCAUCGCCAAGGACGGGGCUAAGAUGGUCACGGCGGUUGCGUGUGCCAACGUGCCCAAGAUCACGGUGAUCAUCGGCGGCUCGUACGGAGCGGGCAACUACGGCAUGUGUGGCAGAGCCUACAGCCCCCGGUUUCUGUACAUGUGGCCCAACUCCCGUAUCUCUGUGAUGGGUGGAGAGCAGGCUGCCACCGUACUAGCGACCAUCACGAGAGACCAGCGGACUAGAGAGGGCAAGGAGUUCACAGCAGAGCAGGAGGCCGCCAUGAAGGAACCCAUCGUCAAACGGUUUGAAGAGGAAGGAAGCCCGUACUUCUCCAGCGCUAGGCUGUGGGAUGACGGCGUCAUCGACCCGGCUGACACUCGUCUGGUUCUGGGAAUGAGUCUCAGUGCUACACUCAAUGCCCCGACACAGAGGACACGCUUCGGAGUGUUCCGGAUGUAGACGUCCACAGACCCACUGGAGGACGGGCUAGACAUCCACAGACCCACUAGAGGACAGACUGAACAUCCACAGACAGACUAGAGGACAGACUGAACAUCCACAGACAGACUAGAGGACAGACUGGACAUCCACAGACAGACUAGACAUCCACAGACCCACUAGAGGACAGACUGGACAUCCACAGACAGACUAGACAUCCACAGACCCACUAGAGGACAGACUGAACAUCCACAGACCCACUAGAGGACAGACUGGAAAUCCACAGACCCACUAGAGGACAGACUAAACAUCCACAGACCCACUAGAGGACAGACUAGACAUCCACAGACCCACUAGAGGACAGACUAGACAUCCAUAGACCCACUAGAGGACAGACUGAACAUCCACAGACAGACUAGAGGACAGACUAAACAUCCACAGACAGACGAAACAUCCACAGACAGACUAGAGGACAGACUGAACAUCCACAGACCCACUAGAGGACAGACUCUGGAGCUAGUCUGUAGUGAUACAAGGACUGUAUCCUGUAUGGGCGUCUCAAAUGGAACCCUAUUCCCUAUGUAGUGCACUACUACCCCAUGGGCCCUGGUCAAAUGUAGUGCACUACUACCCCAUGGGCCCUGGUCAAAUGUAGUGCACUUUAAAGGGAAUAGGGAGCCAUUUGGGACAAUAGUGUAUUUUGUAGAAACAGUAUAUUGCACAACCCCAGGCAGCGUUGUCAGUAGUGUGUGGUGACUGACCAUAGAAGAUUUUGUUCUGGAAAAACUACUAAACUGUCAUCUUUGUUAAACUGUAUCUGUAAUCAUGAAUCAGUGUCAAUAAGGAGACUUGUGUUAAAAGUCAAGAGAUAAGUACCGGAACCUCAAGUCAGAAUGCUAAGUGUCCUCCUGAUCACACUCUGUGCCUCUCUACUACUUCAGGAUCUGUAUCACACCUCUUCUGGGAACUGGGAGUCUCUAUCUAACUAACUCUGGGUUUUGUAUGUUGCUUCUAUUUUCUCUAGAUUUUUGAUUAACACCAAGUAAAUGAACUGACCGCACACGGAAA